UACAAUUCCCAGAGAGCAGUGCGAUCGAGCGUCUCGGGCGGCCUUCGAAGGGGUUCUUCUAGUUUCAGCGUGCGGGGGGAUCUCCCAGCCGGAUGUAGUGUACUGUCCUGGCGGGAGGGGCGGCCCACUGGGGGUCGUGCCUCCUGGAGCCGUCCCCGGGACGUGAGUCCUGGAGGAGGCGAGGGGUGCUCCAGGCGUUGAGAAGACUAUGAACAGGUCAGAGAACUUGUUCUUUCCUGGCUCCUCAUUAGCAUCCCAAGUUCAUGCUGCAGCUAUUAAUGGAGAUAAGGGUGCUCUUCACAGGCUCAUCAUAGGAAACUCAGCCCUUAAAGACAAAGAAGAUCAAUUUGGGAGGACACCACUUAUGUAUUGUGUGUUGGCUGACAGACUGGAUUGUGCAGAUGCUCUUCUGAAGGCAGGAGCAGAUGUUAAUAAAACUGACCACAGCCAGAGAACAGCCCUCCAUCUUGCAGCUCAAAAGGGAAAUUAUCGUUUCAUGAAACUCUUACUUACACGCCGAGCAAACUGGAUGCAAAAGGAUCUGGAAGAGAUGACCCCUUUGCACUUGACCACCCGGCACAAGAGCCCUAAGUGUUUGGCGCUUCUGCUGAAGUUUAUGGCAGCAGGAGAAGUGGACACACAGGAUAAAAACAAGCAAACAGCUCUUCACUGGAGUGCCUACUACAAUAACCCUGAGCACGUAAAGCUGCUUAUCAAGCAUGACUCCAACAUUGGGAUUCCUGACGUCGAAGGCAAGAUCCCACUUCACUGGGCAGCCAACCACAAGGAUCCAAGUGCUGUUCACACAGUACGAUGCAUUCUGGAUGCUGCUCCCACGGAGUCUUUACUGAACUGGCAAGACUACGAGGGUCGGACACCUCUUCACUUCGCAGUCGCCGAUGGGAAUGUGACAGUGGUUGAUGUCUUGACCUCAUACGAAAGCUGCAAUAUAACGUCUUACGAUAACUUAUUUCGAACCCCGCUGCACUGGGCAGCUUUACUAGGCCAUGCACAGAUCGUCUAUCUCCUUUUAGAAAGAAAUAAGUCUGGAACCAUCCCAUCCGACAGCCAAGGAGCAACACCCUUGCACUAUGCAGCUCAGAGUAACUUUGCCGAAACAGUUAAAGUAUUUUUAAAACAUCCUUCAGUGAAAGAUGAUUCAGACCUCGAAGGAAGAACAUCCUUUAUGUGGGCUGCUGGAAAAGGCAGUGAUGAUGUCCUUAGGACUAUGCUGAGUUUAAAAUCUGACAUUGAUAUUAACAUGGCAGACAAGUAUGGAGGUACAGCCUUACAUGCCGCUGCCCUUUCUGGCCAUGUCAGCACCGUGAAGCUACUGUUGGAAAAUAACGCUCAAGUGGAUGCCACCGAUGUCAUGAAGCAUACUCCACUUUUCCGAGCCUGUGAGAUGGGACACAAAGAUGUGAUUCAGACACUUAUUAAAGGUGGAGCGAGGGUAGAUUUAGUCGAUCAAGACGGACACUCUCUUCUACACUGGGCAGCACUGGGAGGAAAUGCCGAUGUUUGCCAGAUACUGAUAGAAAAUAAGAUCAAUCCCAACGUGCAAGAUUACGCAGGACGCACCCCUUUGCAGUGUGCUGCCUACGGCGGCUACAUCAACUGCAUGGCGGUGCUCAUGGAAAAUAGUGCAGACCCUAACAUUCAAGACAAAGAGGGAAGAACAGCUUUGCACUGGUCCUGUAACAAUGGAUACCUUGAUGCCAUUAAAUUACUACUAGACUUUGCUGCUUUCCCUAAUCAGAUGGAAAACAAUGAAGAAAGGUACACUCCCCUGGACUACGCUUUGCUGGGCGAGCGCCAUGAAGUGAUCCAGUUCAUGUUGGAGCACGGCGCCCUGUCCAUCGCAGCCAUACAAGACAUCGCCGCCUUCAAAAUCCAGGCGGUCUACAAAGGGUACAAGGUCAGAAAAGCCUUCCGCGACCGGAAGAAUCUCCUCAUGAAGCAUGAACAGUUGAGGAAAGACGCCGCUGCCAAGAAGCGAGAGGAAGAAAACAAACGAAGGGAGGCAGAACAGCAGAAGGGAAGGCUGAGCCCAGAUUCCUGCAGACCCCAAGUCCUUCCCUGUCUGCCCAACACCCAGGCUGAGCCCCACGGGCAGAGCCGGGCCCCCAGCAAACAGCCUCCCACCAGCGACACAGCCCAGGACCCUGAGGGGAGAGCCUGUGGAGGAUCUCCAGGCAGAGCCCCCCAGAGGGAGCAGCAUCUUUGCCCAGAUGUGCAGGGAACAGACCCCAGAAAGCCAAACGAAUCACCCAGGGAACAGUCUAAAGGCCGAUCUGCCUGUGUCCACUUCCGCCCCAGUGAAGGCAGUGGUGGAGACAGACAUCCAGGAGUCUCCUCUGUUGAGAAGCCCAGAGGUGAGACAGUUGGUGAGCAGCAGUGUGGCAAGGGGAAAGGCUUCGUGAAGCAGCCUUCCUGCAUCAGGGUGGCUGGGCCAGGCGAGCAAGGAGAGGAUGCCAGUUGGGCAGCUGCAAGCCUUCCACGGCAGGAUGGCCCCCGGAAACCCAGCAGGCGGCAGGACACAGCACCUAAGGCCAAAUGUGCCUCCCAGAAAAGACGAGUUCAAGAGCUCCGAGGAGGAAGGCACUCCCCGGCUGGUUCUAGCCGGCCUGGCAGUGCCAAGGGGGAGGUGGUCCAUGCUGGGCAGAAUCCUCUCCACCAGCGAACAUCGAGAAACAAAGUGACACAGGACAAGCUCGCAGGAGGCAUCUGCUCGGACUUGCCACAGAACACAGAGGUGUUGCGGUCAGGAGUCAGGAAGUCGGGAACAUCCACCCUGUGGGAGGACACUCACAUAUCCAAGGAGACUGACCCAGCACCUGGUCCCCUCUCUGGGCAGAGUGUGAAUAUUGGCCUUCUCCCCGUAGAGCUGCGGCUGCAGAUAAUCCAGAAAGAAAGAAGCAGGAAAGAGCUGUUUCGCAAAAAGAACAAGGCGGCAGCAGUCAUCCAGCGGGCCUGGAGAAGCUACCAGCUUAAGAAGCACCUGUCCCACCUUCUGCAGAUGAAGGAGCUUGGAGCCAGAGAUGUGGACAGAUGGAACCAAGAGUGCCUGGCACUGCUGCUCCAAAUUUGGAGGAAGGAACUGGAACUAACCCCCCCAAAAACCACUGCAGUAACCAGGACCACCAAGAGUUCACCCAAGAGCAGCUCAGGCACAAAGUCCACCAGGCACUCGGUACUCAAGCAAAUCUACGGUUGUUCUCAAGAAGGGAAAGUACCUCAUCCCACAAGAUCUUCCAGAGCUCAUUCUGUGCUACGUCUCAAUUCAGUGAGCAACUUGCCGUGUAUACACCUCCUUGAGAACAGUGGAAGAUCAAAGAAUUUUUCUUAUAACCUGCAAUCAGCUCCUCAAUCAAAAUCCAAAAUAAAGCUUCGACCACCUCUGGAGGAAGACUGUGUCCGGGGUAGCUGGAAUAGCUAGUGCAGAGUUCUGAUUCUCUGCUGAUUAUCUUUUACGUCUUGAGACAGUAUUAAUCCUCAGGCCUAAAGCCUUAGGCUGAAAACAUGGUAACAACUGAAUGACCAUAUCCGGAUGUUCUCUCUCUGUUCUUUAGCUUGUGCUACAAGGACCACGGUACACUGUGCCUGUGGAAAGCUUCCUGGCCGUCUACCUUCCAUUCAGUCAGUACGGCUGUAAAGAACAACUUAUAAUUAACAGUAAAGUCUGAGUAAAACUCAGAACAUGAUGAGCACUAACAUGAGAUUUCUGCCAGCCAGCUGGGGCAGCCCUGGGUUUUUGGCCCUGGUAAAGAACCUAGAUGAGAUGGGUGGGGAGGAGCCUGUUAUAUAGCAGCCAUCUUCAUUUCACUACUUUUCUCCAAUCUCAUCUUAUUCCAGCAUUAUCAGUUUUAAAUUUUAGACCAGAAUCAUGACCCAGAAUUUACAUUUAAGAAUUGUUAAGACAAGGGGCACCUGGGUGGCUCUGUCGCUUAAGCAUCUGCCUUCGGCUGAGGUCACGAUCUCCGGGAGCUGCAUUGGGCUCCAUACGCAGGGGGGAGUCUGCUGGAGAUUCUCUCCCCUUCCCUCUUGCCCCUCCCCUCCCGCCACACCCUCACUCUCUCUCAAAUAUAUAAAUCUUGGGGCACCUGGGUGGCUCAGUCAGUCAAGCGUUUGCCUUUUGCUCGAGUCACGAUCUCCCAAGUCCUGGGAUUGAGCCCCUUAUCAGGCUCCUGCUCAGCAGGGAGUCUACUUGUCCCUCUCCCACUCCCCCUGCUUGUGCUGUCUAAGACCGUAAUAGGCACUCUGUUGAUUCCUUGCAUUUUACAGUUCCCGUGUUAGCCUCCGAAGGCCUCAGGUUGCUGCUGAGCACCAGCAGCAGUAUCACAGCAGCGAGGAAUCAGCUGGGGAGGUUUACAGACCAGACCAUUCACACAGAAGGUACCACCACUUCAGGCCUUACCAUUUUCUUGUAUUUUCUGCCUGACCUGUACAGGUGAGCAAUCUUGUCAAAAUGCCAUUCCUACUGGCUGGGAAAACUGUCCUAAAACUACACACAUUUUAACUCUAAGAACACCUGGCAUAAAUACAAUCCAGUGAUCGUAGGCUUUUUCACAUUUUUAAGAGCAAAGUUAGGAAUGUAAACAGAAGGAUGAAACGGUGACAUACUAGGCUCAAAUAUUUCUAGGACCACUUCCAUUUUCUUAAAAUUACUGCCCCCCCUGUCCUGACAGUAAGAGAUUAAGCAAUAAAAUGUUAAUUAGCAAACUGUAAAAAAUUAUUUCAUAGUUAUAAUAAUGAAUACAGUUGACCCUUGAACAACCAGGUUUGUGUGAAUCCACUGAACAUGUUUUUUUUUCCCCCCAAUAAAUACAUAUGGUAUCGAUAAAUACA